CGGGUAUGAAUACUUUUGUGACUUAUUUAAUUCAGUAUUCAGCCAUUGAGUGGCGUAGGAUCGAUAAGUAACCUACAUGAAUAAAAAAAUAGUGAUAUUAUAGUGUAUAAAGUUAAUAAUUUAAUAAUCUUAAUAAUAAACAACAAAAUAAAUGAUGAAGAAUGUUAACUUAGCAUUAGGGUUAUCCGUAAUAAGUGGUAUAGGUGGUUGGUAUGCAGGAAAAUAUUCAGAACGAGGAAAAUCUUCUCAUGUUGUGGAAAACAAUGGAACAAAUAUUUUUCAAAACAUUAAUCGUAUGCUUGGUUUACCAUUAUUUGGCACAGUAUUUGGAGCUACUCUAUCAAGACCUGUAGAUAUUGAAUCGGAUAUGGGCUCAAAAUUAUCUACGACUGCAACAAGAGUAUCUCAGAUUAUGAAAUUUGGUUUCCCUGGUUAUGAUAACAUCAGAUCAUAUGAAGAUUUUGUGUUAUCUUAUGACAGAAGAAAUCGUGUCGCUCAUUGGGUAUUUGAACAUUUAACGAAAGAAAGAUUACAAUAUAAUGAAACCGUAGAUCGUUCAAAGUGUGAAUUUAAGCCAGAUACUAGUAUACACCCUUAUUUUAGAUCGGAUAACAGCGAUUACAAAGGAAGUGGUUAUGAUCGUGGUCAUUUAGCUGCUGCUGGAAAUCAUAAAAUGCACCAAGGCCUUGUGGAAGAAACAUUUUUUCUUUCAAAUAUGGCACCACAAGUUGGCAAUGGUUUUAAUCGCCACUCUUGGAAUAGAUUAGAACAAUAUGUGAGAAAAUUAACUAAAGUUUAUAAAGAUGUUUAUGUUUGUACCGGUCCAUUAUAUAUUCCAAAGAAAGAAGGUGCAGAUGGUAAGUUGUAUGUACGCUAUGAAGUUAUUGGUGCAAAUCAUGUCGCAGUACCAACACACUUUUAUAAAGUAAUCGUUGCAACAACUGAUAACUCAAAUUUUGAAAUGGAGGCUUAUGUAAUGCCAAAUAUGCCUAUUGAUGACAAUACUCCUCUUACAAGUUUUCAGGUACCACCGGAAACUAUUGAAAGAGCUGCAGGUCUUUUAUUUUUUGAUAAACUAUCUCGUGAAAAAUUGACAAAAAUCAAUGGGAAAAAUAUAGCUUAAUUUAAUUUCAAAUCUAGAAUGAGAAGUAGUUUUUAUAGUUAAUUUUUUUACGUCAAUAGCAAUAGUCGGAAGUGAUCAUCAAUCAAAAUAUUAACCGUGUCGACCGUUGCUUGACUUUUAUGAUUGUACAGGAAUUAGAUUUUUAACGAGACAAGACUAUUGAUGCAAAUGUAAGAAAAAAAAUGCAAAUUGUAUAUGCAAAGAGUUUUAUGAAAUAAUAAAAUGUAUUAUCAUUUA